AUGGACUUCAUGCACCGUCACCUGGCUGCAGCCGCCUUGGUCUGCACCUUAUACUUCCCUUUCUACUGUGGGACGAUUCUCCCCAAGUUCAGAGGGGAGCGCUACAUGGACGGUGCUCUGAGCAACAACUUGCCCUUUGUGGACUCCCCCUCCACCAUCACCGUGCCACCCUUCCACGGGACAGUGGACAUCUGCCCCCAGAGCAGCGGCCAGCAUAUGCAUGAGCUGAACGCCUUCAAUGCCACCUUCCAGAUCUGCACCAAGAACCUCUUCCUGGGGGUCACCUCCCUCAUACCCUCCAGCCCCGAGGUAGGGGCCGACAACUGCAGACAAGGCUACCUGGACGCCCUGAGGUUCCUGGAGAGACGCAGACUCACCAAGGAGCCAGUGCUGUGGACGUUGGUAUCUAAGGAGCCCCCAGCCCCAACUGAUGGGACCCGGGAUGCUGACUGUGACAGAGGACAGAAGGCGGGCCUGUCUCUCUACCGGGCAGUGCCCAAUGUGCUGGUCAGGGAUGUGCUCGACUCUGAGCAACUCUCCCCGGAGCUGGAGGCAGCGCUGAAGAAAGCCUGUCUGAGGGACCCCCGCACCUGGGCUUCCUUCUGCCAGGCGGGCCCUGGGUGGGCGCUAACUUACCUGCUGCUGCCUUGCACGCUGCCCUUUGAGGAUGUCUACUUCCGGAGCAGAAGGGUGGUGGCGUGGCUGCCCGACAUGCCGGCCGACCUGCGGUGGAUGCGGGGCUUGCUGAGGAACUUGGCCCUCAAAGUCUAUUCCAGGACGAAGGACCAGCUCCUCGGGCUGGGCAGGACCUGGCCAAGGAGCCCAGACCUGCCCAUCAGGGCUGAGGAGACCAAGUUGGACCAGCCCAGUGACUGGCCUCUCCUGAAUUCCAUCGUGGCCCUGGUCCUGUGCCUACAUCUGCCCCGAGUCCAUGAGUCCUGA